AGGGGCGGGGGCGGUCCAGUGAGAGACUCUCCGACAGGAACGGAGGGUGAUUGGGAGAAAAGAGGCAGCCAGGGGCUUGUCAUGGGGAUCCGAGCUACGAGACGGCAUUGGUAGCAUCUGGGGACUCUGUGGGGGCCAGGAAGUGUCCACGCCCGGGACCCCAGCGCCAGCUCCGCUGGGGGGAUCCCCGCUGCUCUAGUCCUGUGGAGGGAGGAGAGAAAGGAGGGAGCCCUGAUCUCGCCCCGCCCCGUGGGCUUGUUACCGCGGGGGCGGGGAGUGAGGGCUUCUUUUGGGGGGAGUGGAGAUCGGGGGACUCGGCUGUGCCCUCUUGAGCGGCUGCUGGUGUCCCCGCGGCACCGGGCUGCUGAGCGGAGGGGCCGCGGCGGCCGUGGCUGUUACAUGUGUGGCUGCUGGAUGCGGAGGCGGCGGCGGCGGCGGCGGCGAGGAGCAGCAGCGGCGGCAGGAUGUUAGGGCAGCAGCAGCAACUGUACUCGUCGGCCACGCUCCUGACUGGGGAGCGGAGCCGGCUCCUCACCUGCUACGUGCAGGACUACCUCGAGUGCGUGGAGUCGCUGCCCCACGACAUGCAGAGGAACGUGUCUGUGCUGCGAGAGCUGGACAACAAAUAUCAAGAAACAUUAAAGGAAAUUGAUGAUGUCUAUGAAAAAUAUAAGAAAGAAGAUGAUUCAAACCAGAAGAAACGCCUACAGCAGCACCUACAGAGAGCAUUAAUCAAUAGUCAAGAAUUGGGAGAUGAAAAAAUUCAGAUUGUCACACAAAUGCUCGAAUUGGUGGAAAAUCGGGCAAGACAAAUGGAAUUACAUUCACAGUGCUUUCAAGAUCCUACUGAAAGUGAACGAGCCUCAGAUAAAGCAAAGAUGGAUUCCAGCCAACCAGAAAGAUCUUCGAGAAGACCCCGCAGACAGCGAACCAGUGAAAGUCGUGAUUUAUGUCACAUAACAAAUGGAAUUGAAGACUGUGAUGAUCAGCCACCUAAAGAAAAGAAAUCCAAGUCAGCCAAGAAAAAGAAACGCUCUAAGGCCAAGCAGGAAAGGGAAGCUUCACCUGUUGAGUUUGCAAUAGAUCCCAAUGAACCUACCUACUGUUUAUGUAACCAAGUGUCUUAUGGGGAAAUGAUAGGAUGUGACAAUGAACAGUGUCCUAUUGAAUGGUUUCAUUUUUCAUGUGUUUCACUUACUUAUAAACCAAAGGGGAAAUGGUAUUGCCCAAAGUGCAGGGGAGAUAAUGAGAAAACAAUGGACAAAAGUACUGAAAAAACAAAAAAGGAUAGAAGAUCAAGGUAGUAAAGGCCAUCCACAUUUUAAAGGGUUACUUGUCUUUUAUAUAAUUCGUUUACUUUCAGAAAAUGUUUUAGGGUAAAUGCAUAAGACUAUGCAAUAAUUUUUAAUCAUUAGUAUUAAUGGUGUAUUAAAAGUUGUUGUACUUUGUCUGUGACCUUAAUUUUCUGCACUGAAUUACCAAAUAUUUUAAAUCAGGUAGUCUUCAGAUCACCUGAUGAAAGGAACAGGGAGAGGAUGAUGUGAACAUUAUAAAACCUUCACAAACCAUGCCUAUUUCAUUUUCACUUAAAACUGCAAUGCUGUUUUUUGGGUAAAUAUAAAAGUUUUGCUAGCGUUUUAGUUUUAUGUGCUUAAAAAAUUUUAGAUGAUAUAGUUGGAUUUCUCUGUGAGUAUCAAAUUAUCUUGGGUAAUUUAAAAUAUGAACACUACACCAUUUAGAGCAUCUUUUUCCCUGGCCCUAUUUAUAUAUACAUUUGUUCAUCUCUAGUCUUCCAGGAAUUUAAGGAACUAGAGAUAAGAAUACAGUAAGUUGGGAUUCCAUGUGGAAUAAUGUGCUCUUAUUCGAGUAUUUGCUGCUGUAUUUUCCUUAGUAGCAUUUUGAUAGUCAGUAGCCCAUUUGUAAAUGCCUUGCUGCUGCUUCAUAGAUACAUUUACUUUAGUGCUUAAUAAUGAAGUUGUUUUGUGUUUUGUUUUGUUGUAAUUGGGACAGGUAGGAAUAGUUAGGAUACCAAAAAUGCUGCCAUUGGCUUAUAUUGGCAAAAUUUGGCUUAUGUAAUAUUAUGGUUCAAGGUUGAACAAUUUAAAAAAUGCAUCUUAAUUAAUACAAUUUUCCAUGUGACCCACUGCUGGGAUGCUUAGCCACAGGCCUAUCAGUGGGAAAAGAGCAUAUACUAGUCUUUAAAUAUUGCCUUUAUGUCAAACAAUUGUUUUAAAUAGCUUUGCUAAUGGCUAUAGUUCAUUUCUGUCCCAAUCGGUGAUUAUACAUUAUUUUAAAUAAUAGUGUAUUUACCUUCUUAACUUUUUGGUAUUGGUGCUGUUUGAUGUUUUCACAUUCAAUUAACUAAUUUCAUUAUAACAAUGCAAUUAAUAAUAUAUUUGUGAAUUGAAUUUUCCAAGAUUCUAAUAUUUUAAGGGCAAGCAUCUUGACUGAUAUAUGUCCAUAUGUUUGGAGAAAUUUUUGGUUUGAGGGGGCAGCAGAUUGACUAGUCCUUUAAAUCUAUGUGUAACAUAUUUUUUAUUCCUCAUUUCUUCCUAAUUUGAUGAUCUUUAUUCUUUUUGAUUGACGUGAAAAAUCCUGCUUGCUUGUUCAGGGGAAAAAAUGUUUUUUUCUCUGCUAGCUCUCCUGUGUGACUUAUAGGCAUGUCAUUUCACCUUGCCUGGGUGUCAGAUCAUUUACCUGUAAAAUGGGUUGGCUUAACUAUACCUCCAAGUUUCUUUUGAAAUCUAUAAUGAGGAUUUUAAUAGUGAAAUAACUUUUUUCUCUUUCAUUAAUUUUGUCCAUUCUGAAGUUUAAAGGUGAGCUUAGAGAUGGGUAAAGGCACAAUAUUUGAUUAGCUUCUGUUUUAAGGGUAUUUUGAUUGAUGGCUAGAGCCAUUUGAUUAUAUUAUUCAGCGAGAAAUAUUAGGCAGCAUGAUUAAGGUAUUUUAUUGUCACUUAGUUGAGUUGUAAAGAAAUCCUUUUUUCUCUUGAGAAUAUAGCAUUUUGUUUUACUGAUUACAGCCUUGUUACCAGAAUUGAGCUGUUUACCUGACAUCAUUAAAAAUGUCAGUAUGUGCAAAGCCCCCAAAAGCCUUCAGAUGUGACUUAUAUAGAAGUCACCACGUUUUCCUGCAUAAAUUUGUCUCAGCAUGUGGAAGAAAAAAAUAAACUUCCUCAUGGAAGUGCUACAGUUUGGAUUAAUCUUGACAGGAAAACAAACCUGUAAAAUCCUGGAAGAUGUGCUCUCUUUAAGACCUAAUAUUUGAAACAGUUUUAUUUUUACGAAUUUUGUUUUGUAUACCACAUAGGAAAUAGAAGUCUUAAAUUUGCAUAACAUUAUGAUUGGGAUUUCUUUUGUUAAGUGUUCUUGAUCUCAUAUACUAUCUCACAUCAUGGUUACCAAGUCAUUGUAUAUACCAGUGGUUCCCAAACUUGUCUGACAUUGUUAUUACCGCAGGAGCUUCAAAAAAAAUACUGACACCUGUGCCCCAUCUCCGGCAAUUGUGACCUAAUUCAUUUGGAAUAUGGCUUAAAUGUUAGAACUUUUUAAAGAUCCCCAUUCUACUGUACAGAAAACAUUUGGAACCACUGCCACAUUUUGAAAAUUUCAACCUAUUGAAAACGGCUGUUGGAUUUUCUACAUCCAGAUUUGUGUAACUCUGAAGCAUAUAUAAAUGCUGAUACAUACAUGAGAAUGUGUCCCUUGCCCCCAACAGUUCCACCACCACCAUUUGAAUACUCAAUACUUGAGUGCAUUUUACAUGCCACAUACCGUUUUAAGCAGUUGCGGUAUAAAAAAGAAGUGUCUCUGCUCAUGGUCUGUACGUUCUGGUGGGAGAGUGAGGUAUAUAUAAUGUCAGGUAACUGUUGAAGUGCUAAAAUGAAAGUAAAGCAGAGUAAAGAGAAGGAAAAUGAAUGGAAAGGGAGGUGAGUUUUAGUUAUGGUGAUUACUUCUAAGGAAGUAAUCUUAGAGCUGAGAACAAAAAUAAGGAAGUAAGGCAGGCAAAGAUUUGGGAGAGGAAGGAGUAAAAUAAGCUUGUUAAUUUGACUGAAGCAGAGCAUUAGAGCACAGGGUGGAAGGGGCUAGAAAAUGUAAGCUCUUGGAAGCCAUGGCAGGAAAUUUGGGAAGCCAUUGAAGGCUUUUGAGACAUGGUCCGAUUUAUAUUCUUUAAAGUUCCCUCUGGAUACUGUAUGCAAAAUUUAUCAUAGGGAGCCUAGGUGAAAAUAGAAAGAUUUAGGAGACUUGAGUUUUGCAUCAAAGAUGUUGGUGGCUUAGACUAGGAUGGUAGAGCAGAAGUGGUGUGCAGUAGUAGGAUUCCACCCAUGUUUUAAAGGUACAGCCAACAGGACCGUGGCCCAGAGAUUGGAAGGCAAAUAGGUGACAAGAGUGACUCUUAGGUUUUUGGCUUGAGGAAAAAAUUAAGAUUUCUGUUUUACCCUUAGAUUUGGGAUGCCUAAUAGAUUUCUAGUGGAAUCCAGCAUGGAGCCCUGUAUAUAAUUGAAGUUAGGGGAGGGGACCAGAGAUAAACAUUUGGGAAGUCCGUCUAUAAAUGGAGUUUGGAGUCAUGUGACUGCAGUGCUUCUCAAAUUUGAGUAUGAAUAUGAGUCACCUCAUUUUGUAAAAAUGCUAAUUCUGAUUUAGCAAGUCUGCUGUGGGGCUUGAGAUCCCGCAUUUGUAACAAGCUCCUCAUUGAUGGUGAUGCUGCUGGUUCAGGGACCCAUAUUUUGAGUAGAUACCAAGUAGAUCCAGGAGAGGGAGGGGUCUGCCCUAUGGUACUCCAACAUUUAAAAGGGGGAGGAGCCAGCAAAGGAUCCUUCUGAGAGCUCUCAGAUAAACCAAAAACAAAGAGAAGAGAAUUUUUUAAGAAGGGAGUUAUCAACUAUCCAAGUGCUGUUCAAAUACAGUGAGCACUGAGAAUUUAACCAUUGAGUUGGGAGUAUUGUUGAGUUUAACAAGCUGCAAGUUUUGGGGAUGAAGACCUGGUUAGAGAAGAUUUUGAGCAGAAGAGACAGAAACUAUAGACAACUCAACCUUUGAUGUAAAGGGAACAGAAGUGGGUUGUAGCUGAGGGGAGGUGAGCUACAAGAGGAUUUUAACUUUUAAAGAGACAGCAUGAUUAUAUGCUGAUUGGAAUAUUCUGUUAGAAGGGGACAAAUGAAUGCUGGGCAUGGGAGGGGAUUAUUGCAGGAGUGACAUCUGAAUAGGUGGGCAAGGAAGAGUGGGAUCUAGGACUCAGUAGGGCUUAGUCUCAUGGGCACAAGGAUAGUUCAUUGUCCAUGUCAACAGGGAAGGCAGUGUUUUUAUUAUCCAAAUAUCUAUUGCACACCUAUUUGCAAGGCAUUGUUUUAGGUUCUGAGGAUAAAGCAGUAAUCAAAACAAGACAAAAAUCUGUAAUCUGGAGUUUAGAUUCUGGACUGAAUGGGGGUAAAUGCAUAUAGGUUUCUAACUUUGGUAUUGGGAAAAUGAGGCCAUACUCUUCCAAUAGCUUCCACUUUCCCAGUGAAGAGCUGAGAGAGGGGAAGGGAUGUUGGAAGUCUGUAGGAAUUAGCGGUAUGUGUGAAGUAACUCUUAGAAGCAUGGGAAAGUGAAUGGACCAGGAAUGCCAGCCAGAACUGUGGGUAAGCUGGAGGUUUUGGUCAUAACUUCAGAUGAGCUGAUAACUCAUUCUGUUGCUUGGAUACAGGUGUAAAAAAAGAGAUAAAAAUGAAAUAACAAAUUUUCAAAAUCUCUAAAAAUUACAUCUCCCAGUCCUUCUUAUAUAUCUAGUAGGUGGCUUCCUCUGAGGGCUCUGUCCUCAUUACCCCCACCUGAAAUGGAUGGGCACAAGUCUUCAAAGAGCAGUUGGUAUAAAUAAGCUAGACAGCUCUUCUGCUCUUUCUGAAUCAAGUACUUAUAGUUUAAUGUUCAAAAUUUAAGUAAAGUAUAAGUUAUUUUGGAAUUGCUUUUACCAUGAUUGCCUAAAGUCUAUACAUAAGAGAAACCACAGCUCCUUUAUCAUUUCUUGUUUCAAUAUAAGAGAAGUGCUCUUUACCAGUAUUCUAGAGAUAUGGACUUGCCUGUGAUCUCAGACAGAUUAAUUGUACUCCUUGGCCUGCAGUUUGUCCAUCUGGAAAAUAAGUGAUUUAAUAUAUGGUUCUAAAAAUGUGAUUCUUAUUCAUGUUCCUUAACAUUAAUCUGAGGGAAGAGUUCUCCUGGUCACAAACUUACUAACUGGGUAGUUUAUAAAAUAGCAGCUUUUAAUUCAUGUAUGUGGUAACUAGACUUUAAAGGAAGGUUUUCUGAACUUCAGGCACUAUAGAAAGAUCUUGAUGGAUUUUGCCAUUUCUACAUACCAUACUAAUUAUAUAUUUAAUAGCAUUAUUUACUUAAUACUUUUCUUUAGA